AACGGACCCUCAAUUUUGAAAAAAUCUAGAAUCAUCCGGGAGGAGAAUAAUGCAAACCACGACACUGGAGGCAGAGCAGCAGCGACUGCUCUCGGACCCCAAGCCCAUGGCGCUUGCUCCUACUACCAGCAAUGAUAUCCCGGAGGUGGAUAUGGGUGGCGAUUCCUCAGCCCCGACUGUCCGAGUAACUGUCGUCCAGGCUUCCACCGUAUUUUAUGAUACUCCCGCCACUCUAGACAAGGCAGAGAGACUAUUGGCUGAAGCAGCAGGGCAGGGAUCCCAGCUAGUUGUGUUUCCAGAAGCAUUUGUGGGUGGUUAUCCACGUGGGUCAAAUUUUGGUGCUGCUAUUGGCAACCGAACUGCAAAGGGUAGAGAGGAGUUUCGCAAGUAUCAUGCUGCAGCCAUUGAUGUACCUGGUCCUGAGGUUGAUCGAUUAGCAGCAAUGGCUGGAAAAUAUAAGGUAUUUUUAGUGAUCGGUGUGAUAGAAAGGGAAGGAUAUACACUUUAUUGUACAGUGCUGUUUUUUGAUCCUCAAGGUCUUUACCUGGGAAAGCAUAGAAAAAUGAUGCCAACAGCAGUGGAACGUAUAAUCUGGGGAUUUGGAGAUGGAUCAACGAUUCCAGUUUUUGAAACUCCAAUUGGAAAAAUAGGUGCUGCCAUAUGUUGGGAAAAUAGAAUGCCACUUUUAAGGACAGCAAUGUACGCUAAAGGUAUUCAAAUAUAUUGUGCACCAACCGCUGAUUCCAGGGAUGUGUGGCAAGCAUCAAUGACUCACAUUGCUCUUGAGGGUGGAUGUUUUGUAUUGGGGGCCAACCAAUUCUGUCAAAGAAAAGAUUACCCACCUCCUCCAGAGUAUGUAUUUUCUGGCACAGAAGAAGACCUCACACCUGAUUCUGUUGUCUGCGCUGGAGGCAGUGUGAUUAUAUCUCCGUCAGGAACUGUAUUAGCAGGACCUAAUUUUGAUGGGGAGGCACUGAUCUCAGCUGAUCUAGACCUUGGAGAUAUAGCUCGGGCAAAAUUCGACUUUGAUGUGGUUGGGCAUUAUGCGAAGCCUGAAGUGCUCAGCUUGACUGUGCGGGAUCAUCCAGCAAAGCCUGUUACUUUCACAUCAACUUCUGAGGAAACUGAAACCAAGCACAAAUAGAUAUAUUCUUCUCCCGCUCGCUAUUGAAGUUCAAGAAAUAAAAUGGCUGCUUCGGGAUGGGAAGCAUGUCUAAAUUCAUUUUCAUUUCCAUGGUCAAUCAUAUGACCUCCAUUAUAUGUAUGGUAUAAACAAGUGAUUUGCGAAAUAUUUAUUUCAUCUCCUGCCUAGCAGACGCAAUUUCCUGCCAGAUAUCAAUCUCAUAUGUUAAUAUGUUCUGUU